UUAUAUAUACGCACAAAAAAUAUCAAACUUCUUGUCUCAUCUCUAAAAUCACUAGUUAAAGUAUGGUCGUUAACCAGAAGAUAUCCGGUCUCGCAGCCGUUAUGAACGCCAAGAUCAUCGGUUCUGGUGAGAGGUCAAUGGUCUUGGCACACGGAUAUGGAGGCGACCAGUCGGUUUGGGAUAAGAUAAUUCCGGUCUUGUCCCAAUCUUUUAAAGUUUUGGUCUUUGACUGGCCUUUUUCUGGAGCCAUCGAAGACCAAACUCUUUAUGACUCAUCGAAGUAUAACUCCUUUGAUGCCUUCUCUGACGAUCUUAUUGCUCUUAUGGAGGAGUUGAAGUUUGGUCCCGUUGCGUUCAUAGGCCAUUCCAUGUCUGGUAUGAUCGGUUCUGCUGCUUCUAUAAAGAGACCCGACUUGUUUACAAAUCUUGUUCUUAUUGCUGCUUCUCCAAGGUACAUUAACAGCGAGGAUUACAAAGGAGGGUUUGAGCCAGAAGACAUUGACGCGAUCAUCUCCAACAUUGCCUCCAACUACGAGGCUUGGGUAGUUGCUUUCGCCCCCACAGUGGUCGACUCAAGAGACUCUCUCUCAGUCCAAUGGUUGGAGAAGUGUCUUAAGAAGAUGAAACCCAAGACGGCUCUUGCCUUAGGUAAGAUAGUGUUUGGCAGCGACGAGAGAGAGCUUUUGGGCAAAGUGUCAGUUCCUUGCCACAUCAUACAGUCUGGAAACGACGUCGUUGUUCCUGUCUCCGUAGCUUACUUCAUGCAAGAGAAUAUCAAAGGGAAUUCCACGGUAGAGAUCAUUGAGAACUCGAUUGGGCAUUUCCCACAAAUGACGUCACAUCUGGAGCUUCUACGAGUCAUGAGACGCCUCCUCGAGUUUUGAGGCUUGAAUAUAAUAAACAGCUUUACAUGCGUCGAUAUUUUUCUCGUCUACAAUAUUCUGCUAAGAUAAUGAAGUGGGUCAUAAGUAUCAUAUAUAUAUAUUUUUGUAAUGUGAAUGUGUAUUUAAUUGGCAGCACAGAGUAAUUUAGUUUACAUUUUAGUUGAAUAAAAAGAUGGAUCAGAUAGUGGAAGUGGUAAAGUAAAUUGCGACAUUUCUUCGUUGGUUUAAACUGAAUCUGUUCUUUUUA